AGUCAAUGGAUAAAACUUAAACCAUGCAGUAUUGCUGGCUUCCACAAGAGCGACGUGAACCCAUUUUGCGUGAAAAACCACCAGUGGUUAUCUCAAAUAAGCGAUUCCAGCGCAUCCGUGCCCAUGCCACGCAGGCCGCCAAACAGGAGCAACUGCAUCAGCAGCAGCUUCGCGAAGAGGCGGAUGAGAAACUUCGAAUCGGAGGCGAGGAACUCCUCCGGAAAUUUGCUGGUCGAAAUCUCUGCAUCACGCGGGAGGAGGAGUGCGCCCGGGAACUGAAGCAAUUGCAGGCCGAGCAACUGGAGGCCAAGCGCCUGGCGGAGGAGGAAAGCAAGGCUGCUCGCCUGGAGCAUCAGAAAAACAGGAAGAAACGCAUCGAGGCUGCCCAAAAACUCCUGGAGCAACUGCGUCCUGGUCCCCGGGAAUUGCAGUGCGCGCGUCUUCAGAGCGAAGUUAUGCGAAGUGUCAAUGUCCAAAGAGAAGUGCAGGCGGAGUUCGCCAGGGUCAACCAGCAACAGAAGGAGCUGGACAGGAAGAUCUUUCAGGAGCAAGUGCUUCGGGGUUUUGAGGAGGCACAACAGCGUCACAAGGAGCAAUGUCAACAGCUAAGUGAGCAUAAAAAGGAGUUAUUGCACCUAAUUGCAGAGAGGGAAAGGGAACGCCAGGCCACCAAAGCCAAGGAAUUGGAGGAGGCGCUUAAGGAGCGGGAACGCAAUGAGCGCAUGAUGAAGGAUCAGCAGGCCAAGGAGAAGGAGCUGCAGGCGGCCAAGCAGCGCAAAAAAAAGGAUGAGGCAUUGGCCUCCUUGGUCAUGUCCGAUCAGCGCCAGAAGCGACUCCAGAUGCUGGAGGAGAUGGAGCAGGUGCGGUGUGAUAUCCACAACAAGGCCAAGGGAGAUUUGGAGCAGUUGAAACGAGACAGAGCCAAGGAGCGAGUGGAUCAACGUAUCCGGCGAAACGAAAAACUGGCCAAGGAACUGGCUCCUCGCCUGCACUACAGUGCACGGGAGGAUGAGGAGCGCCAUAAGCGCCAGCUGGAAGAGAUGCGAAAAGUUCACAGUGCCGAGCAGGCCAAAUGGAGAAAGUCGAAGGAACAGGCCAAGAACGCCCGUUUAGCUGUGCAAAGAGAGGAGGAGGGGCUGGCCAAAAAGAGCAGACAAAAAGCAGAGGAGGAUCGCAGGCUGGCAGAGGAACAGCGGCUUCAAAACCAUCAAACUAAUGUUCAGUUUAAGCGGCAGCAACGGGAGGAGCAUAUUCAAAGGAUAAGGAAACUCCGCCAGGAUCUCGACGAACAGGUUAAGAAACGCAUCGAGGAGGAGACCCGUCCAGGUACCAACUACAACAGGGAGGCCCAAUUGGAGGAACUCCGCGAGGAUGCCUUCUUCUUCGAUUACGCCCGUCAGCUGAUGGAUGAAGCCCAAGCCAAGGGAUGUCCGCUAAAACCAUUUAUUCGCGCUGUGGGUCAGUACAAAAACGAUAAUCGGAUAGGAGCAGAGAUACGGAUUCCUCGUCACAUGAUCACUCGAUUGCCCAUGGGCAGGAGAACUCAAGGAGAUAGCCAAGCGGAGGGAAAGGAAAAACCAUCGGACAAACAGGAACCCAAUUCCGAGAAGUUGAGCAAAGAGGAGAAACUUUUGAGACAGAAAAUCGAUGAGAAUCUCAAGAAAAUCGAGGCGUUAGUUUUACAGGAGGGCAAGGACAAAGAUGAUCAAAAGAAAUGAGCUAGGAUUAGUCUCUUGAGCUUUUAAAUAAAAACUACAACUUUAGUUUUUG